AUGGAGAACCGGGCCAAGUCGCACCUCAGUCAGCGCAAGUUCAUGAAACCUAGGAAGGUGGUGCUGGUUCUGGUCAGGCAGUACUCCAGGCACAAAGCCAUCAUCAUCAAGAACAUUGAUGAUGCGACAUCCAAUAUACCCUACAGCCAUGCCUUGGUGGCAGGCAUUGACCUCUACUCUCAAAAGGCGACUACAACAAUAGGCAAAAAGAAGAUUGCCAAGAGAUUGAAAAUCAAGUCCUUUGUGAAAAUUUAUAACUAUAACCACCUCAUGCCCUCCAGAUACUCUGUGGAUAUCCCAUUGGACAAAAUAGUUGUCAACAAGGAUGUGUUCUGUGACCCUGGAGUAAAACAAAAGGUGAGAAGGGAGGCCAAGGUCAAGUUUGAGGAGAGGUACAAGACAGGCAAAAACAAAUGGUUCUUCCAGAAGCUAAGAUUUUAUAACAGUAAAUAA